UGCUAUAGGUCAUCAAAUGAACAAGGCCACCAAAUUUUGACUUUCGCCGAUUAAAACCCACCAACAUACUUUUCCAUACCGACUAUUGAAAAAUCAAUAGACACGGCUGUUCUUGAGCUGCGAACAACCCUCUCUCUCUCUGUCUCUAGCAAAGAUCGCAGAGAAAGAAAAGUUGGGAAUUUUUUUGGACAACAUGAUGGGGAUGAUGAUGUGUGGUGUCAAUUUUCAAAGGAUCAAAACAAAUGGUAUAUGGAUGAAUUUUGUUGAGCAAGGGACAGGGCCACUUGUUCUUCUCCUCCAUGGCUUCCCUGAACUAUGGUUUUCUUGGCGGCAUCAGAUCACCCACCUGGUUAACCAUGGCUUCCAUGUGGUUGCACCUGAUUUGAGAGGCUAUGGUGACUCUGACUCUCCUCUCAGUCCCUCUUCCUAUACUGUUUUCCAUAUAGUCGGCGACCUCAUCGGCCUUCUUGAUCACUUUGGAGAACAACAGGCUUUUGUGGUGGGAACAGACUGGGGAGCAGUGGCUGCUUGGCAUCUCAGCUUAUUCAGACCUGAUAGAGUGAAGGGAAUGGUUUGUCUAUCUGUUCCAUUCUCACCCAGGUCUAAUAUCAACUUUACUCAAUCCUUCAAGCAGAUGUUUGGAGAUGGGUUCUACAUCUCUCAGUUCCAGGAACCUGGGAGAGCAGAGAAGGCUUUUGCAAGGUAUGAUUACGUGACGGUGAUGAAGAAGUUCUUUCUGAUCAGCAAGACUGAUCUGCUGAUAGCUCCUCCUGGCAUGGAGAUAAUAGAUUAUCUAGAGACACCGUCAUUGUUGCCACCAUGGAUUACAGAGGAAGAACUCCAGGUCUAUGCAGACAAGUUUCAGGAGUCUGGCUUCAACGGACCUCUCAACUACUACCGUGCCAUGGACCUCAAUUGGGAGCUUCUUGCGCCAUGGCAGGGAUCGAAAAUAACAGUACCAACAAAGCUCAUAGUUGGUGAUAAAGAUAUAGGGUUUGAUUGUGGCGGCACAAAGGAAUACAUACAAGGAGAUGUUUUCAAGAGCCUUGUCCCCAACCUUGAAGUAGUCAUUCUAGAUGGCCACCAUUUCAUCCACCAAGAGAAAGCUCAAGAAGUCUCGGAUGAGAUCCUGUCUUUCCUCCGUAAAUUUCCUGUAGCUUAGCAGAAAAUACUUUGGGAUGGAAUCAAAAUUAUGAUUCGACAAAUAAAUAAUCUUCACUUA